UUUACUUCCCCUUAUUUACUCCCCUUAUUUACUCCCCUUAUUUACUUCCCCUUUUUUACUUCCCCUUGGAGCAUACCGCGCAUCGGCGGCAUUUCUCACCUGACACCUUCCACGCGACCACACCUGCGCAUUGCCGCAACGCGAAGUUUUCUUUGGGCCUUAAAAAGAAGGAAGCCCCACGUGCAAGCCUAUCUACAUUCCCUGAGUACCAAAAUGACGACAUACACGUUGGUUCUACUAAGGCAUGGUGAAAGCACUUGGAACAAGGAUAAUAAGUUCACCGGCUGGACGGAUGUGCCCCUGAGUGAACAAGGAGAGCAGGAGGCCAUAGCCGCCGGAAACUACCUGAAGGAGAAAAACUUCCGCUUCGACGUGGUGUACACGUCGGUGCUGAAGAGAGCCAUCACCACCACAUGGAAUGUGCUCAAGACAGGAGACAUGCUACACGUCCCAGUUUUUAAAACAUGGAGACUAAAUGAAAGGCAUUACGGAUCCCUACAAGGACUCAACAAAUCGGAGACGGCAAAAAAAUACGGAGAGGAACAAGUAAAAAUAUGGAGAAGAUCCUAUGAUAUCCCUCCUCCAAAAUUGGACAAAGAAGAUAGUAGGUGGCCAGGACAUAGUGUCGUUUACAAAAAUAUCCCAAAAGAUGUUCUACCCUUUACAGAGUGUUUGAAAGAUACUGUUGAAAGAGUUUUGCCCCUCUGGUUUGAUCACAUAGCACCUGAUAUUAUGGCAAAUAAAAAGGUCCUUGUGUCAGCACAUGGAAAUAGCUUAAGAGGGUUAGUCAAACAUUUAGAUAACUUAACUGAAGCAGAUGUGUUAGAGCUGAACAUUCCAACUGGGGUUCCCCUAGUCUACGAGUUGGAUGAAAAUCUGAAGCCUAUUAAACACUACUACCUGUUGGACAGUGAGGAACUCAAGAAGAAAAUGGACGAAGUGGCAAACCAGGGGAAGGCCAAAUGA